CGAAUCAGCUGGCAGUGUAAACAAAGGGCCGAGGAGGGAGGGACCCCGCCUAUUGCUCCUCGCUCCCCUUUUUUUUUAGGUUAUGAGUUAGGCGCCGCGGGAAGCAAGGAUGCAUGAUGCGUACGAGGUCAUUCCCAUCCUGGAGAAGCUUCCCCUGCAGAUCGAGUCCAUCACGGCCUACGAUGAGAACCUAGUCGUGGGGACGAGGCAGGGGCACCUGCUGAUGUACUCUGUGACGCAACACUGGAAUGUUUCUAUUCUUCGUUCAAACAAAAACUUUUCACGCAAGCCAAUUGUGCAGGUGGCCGUGGUGCCGGAACACCAGAUUAUUGUCUCCCUCUCAGAUAAUGUGAUCAGUGUCCAUGACCUCACUGUUUACAAUCUACCUUUGCUGUGCACGGUGACACAGACCAAAGGUGCCACAGCUUUUGACCUUGACCUCAAGCGUCAUGUUACACUAACCGGAGAUGCCGUCGUGAUGAUUCGCCUUGUUGUGGCUGUGAAACGCAAACUUCAGCUUUACUAUUGGAAGUCCAGAAAGUUUCACACACUGCGUGAAGACCUGGCCUUGCCAGAUGUUCCCCGAGCACUCACCUGGUGCAUGGAGGCCAUUGCUGUGGCCUUCAAGCACGACUACUGGCUGGUCACGCUUACUGGGGAACAGAAAGAACUCUUUGCCACGGGAAGGAGCCAGGAGCCGUUGAUAACCCAGAUGGAAGGCGGGGAGCAGCUGGCACUCGCUCAUGACAAGGAGACCAUCUUUGUUGAUGCCGAGGGCAAUGCCACCUGCAGCUACACCAUCAAGUGGGAGGAACAGCCCUUGGCCUUGGCCUACCAUAAGCCUUUUCUAGUGGCCAUCCUCCCCAAGAAUAUCGAGAUCAAGAUAGCCGAGCCUCAAGCCACUGUUCAGCUUCUUACCCUCGACAAACCGAGACUCAUCACAGUUGGAGCAUCAACCGAGACCAGGAGUCGGAUGUACGUGGCCUCGUCGUCCCAUGUGUGGUGUCUCCAUUCCGUUUCCGUCAACCAGCAAAUUUCUCAGCUCGUUCCAAAUAAACAGUUCGAGUUGGCCUUGAGACUGGUGGAUGUGUGGGAUGAGGCUCAGGAUGCAAAGGUUCAGAUGCAGAAACACAUACAACACCUGCAAGCCAUACACCUGUUCUGCAGCAAGGAGUACGCCCAGGCCAUGAACAUAUUCCUCAAUCUCAACACAGAUCUGCCCUUUGUGAUUGGGCUGUACCCUGGUAUGGUGCCCGAGGAGUACAGGAGUCGCCUUCAGUACCCAUACCCAGUGCCGGCUCUCAGUGGGGCGGAGCUUGAGAAGGCCCUGCAGUCCCUUGUGCAUUUCCUACUAGAGGUUCGUCACAAAUUAUCGAGUAGUGACGCUGAGGCCGGAGCCGUGGGUGGAGCAAGAGUUAAGACAGACAAGUUCCCUGCAGGGGUGACUUGCCUGAAGUCUCGUAAUGAGAAGCUUCAGAUCAUCGACACAACACUACUUAAAUGCUAUGUACAGACCAAUGACAGCCUGGUGCAGCCGCUCCUUCGCAUGCCGGACAGCCAUGUGAGUGUGGUUGAGGGCGAGAGAGUUCUGCGCACCGCCCUCAAGUAUCCUGAGCUGGUGUUGCUCCUGCAGACCCGUAACCAUCACCAGCGAGCCCUUCAGCUCCUCCUCCGGCAUGCCAAGAGGCCUGAGUCUCCUCUCUUUGGCCACCACCACACUGUGUCUUAUCUCCAGCACUUGGGUCCUGACCAUGUUGAUUUAGUCUUUGAGUAUGGAGGAUGGGUGAUAAAAUCUCACCCCGAGGAUGGAUUGAGAAUCUUCAUUGGUGACAAGGCCACCGCAGGAGAAGUUGAGCAGCUACCUCGUCCAAAAGUAUUAAACUUCUUCAAGAAAACAGAAAAAUCCCUUGUCAUUCCAUAUUUGGAACACGUGAUAGAUGAGUGGGGAGACACCACGCCUCUGCUGCACAAUGAACUCAUCCACCACUACCGGGAGUUGGUCACUGCGCCGAUCCCUGCCAGUGACCCCACCAGUCUUGAGGAGGAAAAGGAAAAGAGGAAAGAGACCUGUGAGAAGCUUUUAAAAUUCCUGAACACAUCCAAACACUACACUGCGGCCACACUCUUGGUUCACUUCCCGUAUGACAGUCUUCACGAGGAGCGAGCGGUGUUGCUGGGCUGCCUGGGACAACACCACCAAGCCCUGGCCAUCUAUGUUCACACUCUUUGCGACACUGAUGCUGCCCUCAACUAUUGCAACAAACACUAUUCAUCAUCAGGUUCUGGGAGUGAGGUGUACCUGACCUUGCUGAAGCUGUUAGUGACCCCAUCAGAUGGCAGGAGUCCGUCAGGAUCUCCUGUGAAGCAACAAACUAAACCUGCAGAUGUGAAGACCAUCCUUGACCUGUUGCAGAAUUAUUUGCAGUGCAUUGAUCUAAGUCAGGCACUGAAAGUGCUUCCAGACGAUGUGAAACUACAGCUACUGAAGCCAUUUAUUCAAGCUUCACUCAACCUGGCCACCACUGCCUGCAGGGAACAACAGAUCACCCGUGGCCUCACACAGUCUCUCAAACUUCAGACCAAUGAAGAGCUUGCUACCAGUCAAAAGUUGAAGAUAGUUCUCUCAGAGUUUACGUACUGUGCUGUGUGCAGUAAAAGGUUCACCAAACACAGUGCAUUUGCGCGAUAUCCAAAUGGUGACGUUGUUCACUUUUCUUGCCAGAACCAAAGGUAACACAUGGCCCUGCAGAGACUUAGUGGUUAGGCUUAGUACAUCACCUUAAUAGGUCAAGAGAGCAUGAGUCUGAAAGGGCUUUCCCUUUUGUAGGAAUUGAAAUGUUAAAAAAAAUAUUUUCAUUCUACUUUUUGUGUUAGCAUUUUGUAUCUACAUUACCAUAGCGAUUAAGGUGUAGGCACAAACCUUGCUUCUCCGAACUAGUCACUGUUGCUGCAAAGGAGAAUGUGACCUGGCUGUGACUGUUUUAAGUGCUUGGAUCCUCUCUGUGGAGAGGCAUUAUAUAAUACCUCGACUUCAUUAAUCCAUUUUAUUACAGAUCUGAUCAUUUUGUGGAAUCAUAAGAGCAUCAUGCAUUUAAAAUAUCAAUUGUUAAUGGCCUUCGUGUACCAACUAUAAUUACUAUCAAGUUGUGAUAAAGAUGUUUGAUGUUUAUUAAAUGUGUGGUGUGACCCAUUUCACAGGGCAAGUUCUCUCUACUUUCAUCAAAGUUUGACCCCCGCCACCCUACCAGUGUGGGAAACUUUGUUCUGAUAUUAACAUAAUAAAACAAAAUGUCAAUUUAAAGUGAAUUAAGAGCACUUACUGUUCUUGUGGGAAGUACACCCAGACUCAAGAUCAAGAGUAGACAGUUGAUUGUUUUCAUGCAAGUAUAUACUCAAUGAUCUCUUCAGUCAUAAAUUCUUUUAUUUUUAGUAAUUGUGUAGAAAUAAUACCAGGAAGUUCUAUAGUUUUCCUGUUGCCUUCACUCAGCUGCUGAAAUAAGUUUACUCUUCCUUUUUUGGCCAAUUUUGUUUUUGUGGCAACAAGGAACUCAUUUUAUACCAUCAUGGUAGUGUAAGUGGCUCUGCAUAUACAUACUACAGUUGUCUGAGGAGAUACUGUGUGAAGGCCAGGCUUGAAAGAUCAGUGCCUCAAGUUGCCCAGAAUAUCCAGGAGCCUCAGUAAAUGGUGUUACUGUCCUUCCAGCAGUGGGUAAAAUAAAAUGGUUGCAGGAAGAACAUUCAUUAUAAAUACUUUGUUACGCUAGGCAGUUAUUAACUUUCACAUCCAAUAUAGAAUCACUCUUAAGUAUCAUUUGUUUACAACCACACAUCAUUUUGUUUUGUAUUGACAAAAAAUAGAAUUUCAAGGACUCGUCUCACUUUGAAUUGACGUUACAGUACAUUGUAAAUAUAUAUUGCUUGUUGCUAUUUCCUGUUAUUGUUAUGAUUAUUAUUAGUUAUUUUCAUUAAAAUUUUUACUCCAGAUAUAAUUUUAUCAUCAUCACCAUCUUUAUUACUAUGAGAGCUAAGUUAUUGUUAUGAUUAUUAUUAGUUAUUUUCAUUAUAAUUUUUACUUCAGAUAUAAUUUUAUCAUCAUCACCAUCUUUAUUACUAUGAUUAUUUAGCCUGGUGUAGUCUUUGUAAUAUUUUGCUCACUUAUCAAUGUCAGUCAAGGAGCUGUGACCUUGCCAUCUGGAGAAUGGUUGUUAAGUUGUAGCAGUGGGUAGAGCUUGAAGGUUUGUUGGUGGCAAACCCAGCUUGUGCACUUGACUGACAAACCAAUCUAGAGAGCACUGCAUGCACACUGCCUCCCUGCCCCAACCUUUGAUUGUGCACAACCCUUGCAGAGUUGGGAUGCAAAGAAACCAAUGUAAUAGUAUAUGUAGCAGUAGUUGUAGUAGUGGUAGUAGUAGUAGUAGUACAUAGUAGUAGUAUUGUUUCCGAGACCUUGGAAUAAAAAAAAUUACCAUUUCUAUGAUUCCGUGUGUCAGAAGAGACAACUACUAAAGUCACGGUACACUAAAUUGGUCCAGAAACCCCGCCCCUUCCCUCACCCUCCCUCCAAGGUAACAUUGACUCCAAACUCCAAGCCCCUUUCAUACAACCAAUCAGCUCCCAUGGCCAUGGAAGAGGGGGCGCGGCAUCUGGCUCAGAUUAGUGUACAGUGACUAUAAAAGGGAUGUAGCCUGCACAGUACAGGGAGUUGUGGUGAGGGACUUUUCUUUUAUCCCUAAAACAAUGAUAAGAAUGAUCACACAGCAUUUUUGUUUUCUGCUCUGCCUUAACUGGAAGUUGGGUCACAGUUAUUAGUGGUAGUUAUUAUUAUUUGUAUAAUAUUAAGUUACUCAUGAUACUGAUGAUGGUAAAAUGUAUGCAACAUGCACAUAGUAAUUUUAUUUGGCUAAUUAUUUCUUUUUGUUCUUUUUUUUCCCAUUAAUGGUUGAUUUGUUAGCAUGCAGAUAUGUUUUUCAUUUGUCAAAUUAUGAAAGCCUCACUUAAUACUGCCAUUACCAUAGUUUUGAUAAUGAAGUAAUGUUUUGUGGUUGACAUUAUAGUCCAUUCACUUAAACAGUGGCUCCAUCCUUAGCCAGGCUGGUAAGGACGCUGCUUAUUGGCUGUUGGCAGGCUGGGUGUCUGACGUCUCCAUCACCAGACUCCCUUGCGCAGGUUCAGAAAGUAUUCAUAUUCCUUUGCUUAGCUCAACUAUUACAAAAGCUAUAUGAAUUUUGUUAACAUUAUCGAGUUUAACAGAUUGUACAAAUACGAUUUUUAAAACUCGAUAGGGUAAAAAGCAAAGUCAAUGCACUGAGUAAAAAUCAGAGAGUAACAUUCAUAUGCAUACUACUUUUUACUUAACAAUAUUCACAGCAAUAUAGUUUUUUCUUGUUCAAAGGAUCCAUGUGAAUAUAUGGCACUUCAAGAUAUCAAAUAGUGUGAUGUAAGAGACAAAGAAAAGAUAUAAACACUCUCUGACUUGCUCUCCAUAAUUACUAUUUUUCACUUUUAAGUUUUGAAAAUCAUUAUGUAGUUGUAUAAUUACUGCUUAAUGAUGUCAUCAGUAUUUACCAGUCUUAUGUAAUAGGUGAGGUAAGUAAAGAAAUAUGAUCUUUCUGAGCCAACUUGAGUGUGUUGGGUGACAAUGUCAGGCACCUUACUCGCUGACAGCCAGUCAGCAGUGUCCUUGCUGGCCCAGUUAUGGAUCGGGUCACUGUUGGGAGAUCCAGCUUAGGAACAGAUCAGUUACAUGUUUUGUCUUAUGGCUAGAUUUUGUAAUCACAUUUCUAAUUAGUUUUCCAUGUCAGUACAUUUAUAGUAAACAGAACAGAACAUAGAUGCUUAAGAAUUAAAUUAUAUAAAAUUAGGAUAUCAAUUACUUAACGACUCGGCCAAAAAUAUAUUUUCAUAUGUGUAUUACUAUAUCUUGUGCUUAAGUAACCAAUCUAUACUUCAUUGUCUGCCCAAAUAUAUUUGCUAUAUUGCUUUUA